AUGGUUUCAUUAAGUGAGUUGAUAGCGGCAGCAGCUAUCCUUGUCUCGGUAUAUAUUGUCCGAGAAUGGUUCUUAAGUCAAAGAGACGUCCAUCCUCUCUACCUUGAAGAACAGAGUUCAAUUGAGCCUACCCGGCUACCAGACGAGAGUGCCAUAUACAGAAGCAAUAAGCUAGACUUACCCGACAAGCUUCGUAUAGGCUUGGAUAUUCGUUACGACCACUACAAGUUGAGAAACGGGAACUUGCAUGAUGUCUGGGCCAUCUAUGCUAACACCAAUGGUGGUAAUGGAAAACUUAGCAUCAAUGACAAGACCCUUAGUGUCGGCGCUUUAAACUAUCGGGUAACCAAAGUGUCACAAGCGUUGAAGCUUCGGAGGGUAUCAGAAGUGGUGAUACCCUUCAAGACGUAUCAGAAACUUGGGUUCCCUCUUUUAGCUGUGAUCUUAGGAGCAUUUGUACUGAGCAUCACCGUCCACAUUGUUUCCGGUGAUGCAAACAUUGAAGAAGAAGAUGGGAUAUUAAAGCUUAUGCUGGUGAGUUUGGUUGAACAGUUUGUGACGCUGGCAUUUGGCGGACCGUUAGAGCCUUCCAAUGAGUUGAACGAGUUUCCCAAUGCAUACGAUCCAGCUGACGAUAAGGGAGCCUUUUUGAAGGUUAGCAUUAAGAAACUCGUGUUCCAGACUACAGUUGAGUAUCAAGUGAUCAAUGCCAUAAGUGCAAUUGCAGCCACGUUGAAACAUCUACCUUUCAACCAUGAGUUAAGCAACAAGGAUAAGUUGGUGAUAGUCCAAGACACCGAUGCCGAGUCCAUGGAAUCUGUAGGCAAUGAGAUUGUGAAGCUUCUUUGUGGGCUAACUGCUGCGUGUGGUGAAGUUGCCAUUGUUAAUGAUGAUGUUUGCGACCCCUUAGAGUUGAAGCCCACUGUCAUGGUUCUUCCCCAAACUUAUUAUCUGACGUUGGCCUUGACCAAUGGGGCAAUUAUUCCCGGUGGAUCGUCUUGGCUACUGACCCUAAGAGAAAACCUUCUUAGUAGAGGCAUCAUGGUCACUUAUGGGUCCAAGUUUGCACCUCUUCGGUUAAUAUACGUUCAUAAGCCAAUGGGCUAUGGAAUGCACCCUUUGAUUGAAGACUCCAACCAAGCCAGAAGCUUAUUCCAAAGUCGUAUAGUUGUGGAACACACAUGGCUGACGAUUCUUGGACCAGUGCUUGCCACGGAUUUCUUUGACUACCGGGUAUUACCGGUGCAUGUUCGAAGCUACGGAGCAUUAAGCCAGAGUCUAGAAUUUAAAUUGGUGAAUGUCAAUGAUAAGAUGGAAGGGACCAUCAAGACCAGAGGCUUCACUAUUGGGAAACUAACCAAUAAAAAGAAUGGCAUGGUGCAACAAAACUCACAAACUGGUGGGAGUGAUGGGUUUAUGCCCAUUCCAUUACCUUCUAAAUUCGGAAAGGAUGGAGUUUUAUAUGUCCUUUAA